AUGACGCACACACAAUCCAUUUUCGUGACGCGAGCGCGCGAUACGUACGCCGGGGCGGCGCGCGGCCGAAUGAGCGCGUUCCCGCGCGUCGCGCGCCGCGCGCGAAACCGUAACGGCCGACGCGGACCCCCGCUCUCCUAUUGGCCGGCUAUAUCAGAUGGGUGGCGAUGGAACGUCUCCGUGUGCUUUAUUUGCGCUACAGCAGACGCUGAUUGGCCAGACGCGGCA